UUUUUUUCUGGAGAUGAGGACCGAACCCUUGUGCUUGCUAGGCAAGCGCUCUACCACUGAGCUAAAUGCCUAACCCUUAACUCCCUAUCUUAAUAAACGCAAAUUUUAUAGUACUUACAGAAAAGACACACAUUUAGUAUUUCUAACAGCGAGGUCCCUGAAGUUGAUGGACAUUCAUUUGUACGGGCACUGACACACCCACCGCGCCGCUUGCUGAUCUCUGCAAACCUCGCUUACGUACCUUCCUUCCCGGAGACUUUAGGCUCCCAGAGACCCUCUGGUCCCGCCCCCACCAUCCUACUGGCCGAGCACCCUCGGGGCUCUACCCUAUUGGGUAUGCGGUUGUCGUCAGAAAGAUCAACCAACCGGGAUCAGGCGAAGUCUGCUAGUCCCGGACCAGGCGCGUUCUACAAACGGCUUGAGCGCCGCUAUUCCAGCGGAUUUUGCUGCUAGGUGCGUCGCCGGUGUCCUGGGCGUGGUGGGGCAUUCUGGGCGAUUGGAGAGGCCGCAGCCGGAGCGUUGCUCGCCCACCCCUUUCCAGGGGCCCCUGGACCCAAGCAGCCAGCGGUACUUCAGCUUGCGAUCACCUCUUCCCCAGAGUUUAGCCGAGACGGUGACCUCCCUCGGGGACAGCCUCGCCCACAAAAACAGGAUACUAGAGAGAGGAAGGGCAGAAAGGACUUGGAUCCGCCGUCAGCCACUGGCCAGAUGGAGCCCAGCACCUCAACCAGGAGGCUUUUCACCAUCGAUGACUUUGAAAUCGGGCGUCCUCUGGGCAAGGGGAAAUUUGGCAAUGUGUACCUGGCUCGGCUCAAGGAAAACCAUUUCAUUGUGGCCCUGAAGGUCCUCUUCAAGUCCCAGAUAGAGAAGGAGGGAUUGGAGCACCAGCUUCGAAGGGAAGUGGAGAUCCAGGCGCACCUACAACAUCCGAAUAUCCUGCGCCUGUACAACUACUUCCACGAUGCUCGCCGGGUGUACUUAGUCCUGGAAUAUGCCCCACGGGGCGAGCUCUAUAAGGAGCUUCAGAGGAACCACACGUUAGACGAGCAGCGGACAGCCACGAUAAUAGAGGAGUUGGCAGAUGCCCUGACCUACUGUCAUGAGAAGAAGGUGAUUCACAGGGACAUCAAGCCGGAGAAUCUCCUGCUGGGGUUCAGGGGUGAGGUGAAGAUCGCAGACUUUGGUUGGUCUGUGCAUACCCCCUCUCUCAGGAGAAAGACAAUGUGCGGGACUCUGGACUACUUGCCCCCAGAAAUGAUCGAAGGGAGGACAUAUAAUGAGAAGGUGGAUCUGUGGUGUAUUGGGGUGCUCUGCUAUGAGCUGCUGGUGGGAAAUCCACCCUUCGAGAGUAGCACUCACAGUGAGACAUACAAACGCAUCCUCAAGGUGGAUUUGAGGUUUCCUCAUUCAGUGCCUGUGGGGGCCCAAGACUUGAUCUCCAAGCUUCUGAGGUACCAUCCCUCCGAUCGGCUGGACCUGGCUCAGAUCCUGAAGCACCCCUGGGUCCGGGCCCACUCUCGUAGGAUCCUGCCUCCUUGUAGUCAGCCUGCUUCCUGAGCCCUGCCCCUGUUCCUUUGCGGUUAUUCAAGGGAGCUCUCCAGGCUCUGUUACCUCAUCUGUUUUGCUUGUUUUCUCAUUGAAGAUGCUAAUUAAACCUGAUUUAAUAUCUU